CUCUGUUCCACGGGCUGUAGGAGCACCGACAUAAUGAUCUAUGUGGUGUGGGCUGCAUGCUUUUAGUUCAAGAUUACGAAGGAGGGUGCAGCCAAACCUGUUUGCAAAUCCGCACGCACGCCCACCGCAAUAGACCUAACAGCCUCGUUGCUCACCAGCAUGAGGCUAUAGCAGCUCAAAACACAGGAGGAAUAGGCUGCUGGGCGUGUGCGGGCGUGAGCCGGAGCGAAUGAAGCGAUGAACAACGAGCCCGCAGCGUCCUGCCCCGGCCACAAGCGUCGCCGCUCAAGCUCUGAGGAGGGGGAGGUGCCGCUGCCCGUGCCGAAGAAGGUAUCCAAUGCGGCCACUGAAGGCGCCGAGCUGGCCUCCUCCCUACAAGUCCGCGAACAACGCCGCGCGGAGGUCAAGGCCAUCUACGCCAACUACGGGGACCUUCUAAAUGGAGGCGACACUGGAGCGGAAGCUUUGGCUUUUCAGGGCUUGCUGGAGUGCAGACGCGGCAGCCUGGGCGCCCGGCGGCUCGCGGCACGGCUGGUGCCCCGCUUCCUCCCGCGCUUCCCCUCCCACACCGAGCAAGCCCUGCGCCUGCUGCUAGCGCUCUACUCCGACGGCGCCCCCGCCCCGGCGCCCCCUGCAACCAACCCCGGCAACACCCUCCGAGGUGGCAACGCCGCCUCUCUUCCCAACGGCGUCUUCAAGCCAGGGCCCGGCGCCUCGCCCUCGCCGCCGCCGCAGGGUGCCGCAGCCGUCGACGGCGACGGCGGCCGCGCAGCCGCCGGCGGCCGGGAGGCGACCUCCGGUCUGGAUGGCAGCGACCUGGCCGCCGCAAUGCGGCGAGAUGCGCUGCUGGGGCUGGGGAACGUGCUGGAGACGGCGGUGCGGCAGCAGCAGCAGGCGGGGGGUGCCGGGGGUGCUCCCGCAGGGGCGGUGGCGGCGGAGCGGACCGUGCCGGUGGUGACGGAGCUGGUGCAGUUUGUGUUGCGGCAACUCCAAAUGCACUGCGUCGGGGCUGGGACGCACGCCGACGGCGGCUCUGGUGGGGCCGGCGACGGCAAGAAGGCAGACGUCAACGGCGGCGGCGGCGGUGCUGGGCUCGGGCCGCAUUACGGCCAAUCCCACUCCCACUCCCACCGGCCCUCGGACUCGCACAAGCGGCCUCGCCACGGCUCUGACUCCUCAAGAGGCCGGCCGGGACCCGGACCCGGCGGCGGCGGCGGCAGCACCAGCGGCGCACGCCAGGACGCGGCGGAGGCGGCGCCAGCCGCCGCCGCUGCCGCCAUGGCCGCUGCCGCCGCCGGCCCGCUGCCGCCGCUGCCGGCGGCGCUGCUGGACGCCGAGCCCGACAGCGAGGUGGGCGUGCUGCGCGGGCUGCUGCUGCGCGCCUUUGCGCUCUUCCCGCGUGUGGUGCUGGCGGCCUGUCUGGCGCCCUGCCGCCUGCCGCCGCGCAACCGGGCGCACGAAGACCUGGCGGGCUCGGCGCUGGCGCUGGGGCUGCUGCUGCUGCAGCAGCAGGCGCCGCCCAGGCAGGCCCAGGCCAAGGCCACGGCCCAGGGAAAGGCGGGCGGCGGGAGCGACGCCGCGGCGGCGGUGGGCACGCCGAGGGCCGGCGCCAGGGCGCCAGCGACGCCGGCGGCGGCGACCGGGGUCAAGACCGAGGCGGCGGCGGCGGCGGCGGGAGGAGGCGACGACUGCGAGGCGUCGGCCAUGGACGCGACGGGCCCCGGCUGCAACGGCGGUGCCGACGGCGGCGGCGCGCCUGGGGCAGGGAAUGCCUCAAGCGCGGGCGCUGUCGGUGGCAACAACGGCAGCAGCAGCAACAACGGCGGCGGCGGCGGCGGCCGGCAUCCGCGACCGAGCUGUGUGGCUCAGCAGGUGCUGGGCCGGCUGCCCGAGACGCAGGAGUGGGUGCGGCAGCUGGUGGGGGCGCUGCUCCGAGGCAAGAACGCGCCGCCCGUGCCGGCCGAGCUGCGCUCCCAGUUGGAGCGGCUGCUCAGCUUGUGCCCCGCGCCCAAGCGCCCGGCCGCCGCCGCCGCCGCUGACGCCGCCGCCGGCGCCGACCGCGGAGCCGGGGCUGGUGGCGGCGGCGGCGGCGGCGGCGGCGCCACCUGUUCACCGCCCUGCUCGCCUCGCGGCGCCGCCGGCGAGCUGCCGCCGCUUCCGCCGCUGCCCACGCCGACGCUGACGCCGAGCAAGGCGGCGGCGGCCGCGGCGGCGGCGGCGGCGGGCGGCGGCGGCGGGCCGGCGUUGUCUCAUCUGGGCAGCGAGGACGGCAGCAGGUCGGUGCCCAUGGACCUAGACCAGUCCAUCAGCAUCAAGCACGAGGGCGGCGGCGGCGGUGGCGGCGGCGGCGGAAUUGGCAGCGGCGGGGCGGCUGGCGGCGGCGGCGGCGGGCACGGCGGGCCGGCGGACACGGCGGCGACGUCGCCGCCGCCGCCGCCACUGCAGCCGCCGCCCGCGACAACAGCAACAACGCCGGCGGCGCAGGGCGCGAGUGGCGGCGCCGCCGGUGGCGGCGGCGGCCUGCGCGGCGGCCUGGUGUGCCGCGCGGAGGCGUGCCUGUGGCUGGGCGGCCUGCCGCCGGGGCUCACAGAGGCGGCGCUGGUGUCGGAGCUGGGCCGCAGCGGCGCGGUCGAGUCCGUACACGCCGUGGAGGGCGCGCCGCCGCCGCCAGCGGCGGCGGCGGCUGGCGGCGCCGCCGCCGCCAACAACAGCGGCAGCCACAGCCACAGUCUGGUGGGGGAGGAGGUAUACGUGGUGUUCUCGUCACUGCGCGACGCCGCCAUCUGCUUCGAGGCCGUCGCGCGCACCGCGCCCUUUGGCGGCGCCCGCCCGUUGGCCGUGGAGUUCUGCGCCGCCUACCCGCCCGAGUCCGCCGCCGCGCGCCGCCGCGCCGCCGCCGCCGCCGGCCCCUCCCAGUUCGUCUGGGUGUCGUCCUCGGGCCACGGGGCGGCGCCGCCGACGGCCACGCCCGAGGCGGUGGUGGCGGCGCUACAGGAGGCUGGCGUGGCGGUGCCGCAGCAGAUCCUGGCGGUGCAGGGCCGCAGCCCGGGCAUGCUCCUACACAUGGCCGCAGCGGCGGCGGUGCCCGCCGUCGUGGCGUGCCUGGCCGCCGCCUUCGCGCCGCCGCCUGCGGCGGCGGCGGCGCCGCCGGUGCCGCAGCUGCCGCCGCCGCCGCCAGGCGGCGGGGGCGCGGGCGCGGCGGCGGCGGCGAUGGCAGGGACAGCCGCCGGCGGCGGCACGCCAGGCGCCGGCACUGCUGCAUGCCUGACGCCGCCGCCGCCGCCGUCGCAUCCGGGCGUUGGCGGCGGCGGCAGCGGACAGACGCCGGCGGCCGCGGCGGCGGCUGCACAGCUCCCGCUGCCGCCGCCGCCUCCGCAGCCUCACCAUCAGCAGCAGCAGCAGCAGGCGGGCGGUCAGGGCCAGGGCCAGGGGCAGGGUGUGUCGGACCCGCUGCCGCCUCCCAACAUCCGGACACUCUGGUUUGGCCAGAUCCACGAGUCGCUGCGCGAUGAGGACCUUCUGGCGGCCUGCCGGCAGCACGGCGGCGAGGUGGUGGCCUGGCGCUUCCUGCGCGGCAGCCACUGCGCCUUCGUGGACUUUGCAACGCAGGCGGGCGCGGACGCUGCCCGGCGGGCGCUGCUGAGUCUGCGGCUGGGGCCCAGCCACCAACACGUGCGCGUGGAGUGGAAGCUCGACUCAAACAUGGGCCCACGCGGUGGCAUGGGCAUGGGCAUGGGCGGCGGCCCGGGCGGCAUGCGCGGAGGGCCCGGCGGCGGCGGCGGCGGAAUGUACGGCACCCCCGGCGGCGGCAUGGGCGGCGGCAUGGGCGGCCAGAUUGGGAUGGGGCCUGGCGGCGGCACGCCUGGCGGCGGCAUGGGGUUGGGCAUGGGCCAGAUGGGCGGCGGCCGCAUGAUGAUGAUGGGGCCAGGCGGCGGCGGCGGCGGCGGCGGUAUGGGCACGCCGCUGCACCCCUCGCAGCAGCAGCAGCAGCAGAUGCUGCAGAUGGCGGGCCGGCAGACGCCACUGCAACAGCAGAUGAUGCAGAUGCAGCAGCAGCAGCAACAGCACCACCAUCAAAUGCAGGCGGCGGCAGCGGCGGCGGCGCAGAUGGGUGGCCACGGGCAUGGGCACGGGCAUGCGGGCGCCAGUCCCGCGCACCCGAGCCUGCCGGGCUACGGCGGCAGCAGCACCGGUAACCCACAGCAGCAGCAGCAGGCACACCACCAUCACUCGCACCCACGCAAGGGCGGGCAGCAGCCAGGGCCCGGCGGCGGCGGAGGGGGAAGCGGGGGCAGCGGAGACUGGUCGGGGCAGCUUCCGCCCGCCCCGGGCUCUGCAGCAGCAGCGGCAGCCGCGCCGCCGCCGCCCCCGCCGCCGCUCCCAGAAAGCGGCCUGCCGCCGCCGCCGCUCCCGCCGCCGCCGCCCGGUCCGCCGGGGCCGCCAACUGCCGCCGCCAGUCCCGCGGCUACAGCCGUCAGCCCGGCAAGAGCUACAGCCGCCAGUCCCGCAGCAGCAGCUGCAGCUACAGCCGCGGCAGUAGCAGGCGGGGGCUCCAGCCCGGCGACUGCUCCGACGUGGCAGGGGGCCCUGGCCAAGAGCGGCUCCCACGUGUGCACGCUGCAGUGCAACACCGGCGGCGCCAGCGCUGCGAGCGGCGCCAGCCCCGGCGAGCGCGAGCCUGUGACGUGGCCGUCCUGCCUGGACGUGCGCAUGCGUGUGGAGCUGGGCUACGUGGUGCACAGCCUGUACGCACACACGCCGCCCGCGGCCAGGGCUCUGCGGCGGCUGGUGGUGUCCGGCAGUGGCGGCGGCGGCGGUAGUGAGCGCUCCAAGCUGGCUGACUUCCUAGGAUACCUGGCGGAGAAGAAGAGGGCGGGCGUCAUCAAGCUGGAGGCGGCGGCGGGGCUGCCCGCGCGCACGCUGUACCUGGUGCCGCCCAAUGAGCAGGUGUGCUCGGCGCUGGGCACGGAGUGGACGCCGCGGGAGCCCUUCCUGCUGGCGCUGGUGGUGCCCACCGCCGGGGCGGCCGGCGGCAAGUGAGGCAGGGAGGGAGGGAGGGAGGGAGGCGGCUCGCUCGCUCGCUAGCUCGAUCACGGCCGCCCACGGCCGCAAGCACGGCGCGGCAGCGCCGCCGCGUGGCCGUCGCCCCGCCACACCUGCGACAUCGUACCUGCGACACCGUACCUGCGACACCGCAGCGGCAGGGCUGCGCCGCCGCAGGCAGGAGCGCGCACGACCGCCGCGCCUCCGCGGCCGACACCGGCGGGCUCCCUUCCGGGUUGGGCCUGGGUGGGCAGCAGCAGCGCUGACAGGCACGGCGGCAGCGGCUGUGCCCUCCGCCUCAGCGGUCACGGCCAGGGCGGUGCCGUCACGGCAGCUGCUCUGCAGCUCUGCGAGCAGCUGUGUGGCCAGGGCCAGGACCUGGGCAAAAGCUAUUGCCAGGGUCAGGGCCAGGGCAAAGGCCAUGUGUCGCUACUGCCGACGGCUAGGGUCGCUGGUGCCGGUGCCGGCGGCGGGACGCGGUCGUGGUGGUGCUAGGGGGGGCUGUGUCGCUCACCGGCGCAGCAGCUAGGGACACGGCAACAGUCCAGUUCGCGCACCACAUGCAAAACAGCAGCAGCACGCGGCUGCGGCCUUGGCUGCGGCUGCAGGCUGUCACCUGGCGCCGCCGUGGUGCCGCAACGGCGUCGUGUGUGGUGUGGUGAGGUGUAGUGGAUGGGAUGGUGUCGGCCGGCCGAGGGGCACAGAAGGCUGGCCGGCAGCGAGCGGAGGGGCGACAUCGUGCGGUGCGGAGUGCAGGAGACAAGCCUGUUGUUAGUGCAGGAGACAAAAGCUGUCCUUAGUGCAGGAGACAAGCCUGUUGUUAGUGCAGACUAGAACCAAGACAAUUAUUACGUACCGUAUGGUGGCUAUCUAGAUGUGGAGCUAUGGCGUGUGGCGCGGGAGGCUCACGUGCGGUUAGGGUGGGGUGUUGGGGUCGCGCGAGGGCGGGGCUAAAGGUCGGGAGCAGGCCGGGCAGUCGGCAGCAAACGGCACGGUGGGGCGCGCAGGCAGGCUGGGUAGCCACGGCCGCCGCAUCUGCAGCAGCAGCAGCAGCCAUAGUGGUCGGAUAUGGAGUGCAGAGACUUCAGACACUACAGAUGAGUCACAAAGGCUCCUUGCUCAUGCGCUAGCAUGCUUAUAUGUCACCAUGAGAUUCGAUUGACGUCCUUUCGAGUUUGCAGAGGACGACCCUGAACCGAUAUUUGGGAGGGCAAAAGGCCAGGGCAGGUGUGCGUCUGAAAGCCCCUUUGAUUGCGGACGAUCGACAAUCAGACAGUUUGCCUCGUUUACAGAAAUGAGGUAGGGGAGACGUGGGCUGAACGCUCCGGCUGUGCUUGGGCACGUACAGUACCAAUGACCUUGUACCAGUGUGUGCUGCUAUUUGUCUUUGCAAACGGUGCGUUGGGGCAUCCAUGGCCAGGGGCGCUGGGGUGAGGUGGGGUUGGGGAAAUGUGGGUGGUGCCGUGGGGGAGAGGGGCGUGGCUGGGGCUGACCAUGGAUCCAGGUUGGAAUCGUUCAUUUGUGCGUGCCGUUCCCGGGUUGACGAGGGUGCGGGGCUGAGCUGCGGGCAUGCGGGGGGAACUCCGCGCGACCUUGCAAUUGCACAGGGUGUUGGCCCAGCCACUAAUAGUACAUGAAUACGUAAGUAUUUAGAAGCUGCGCGGGCGAGCACGAGCAAGUCUGCGUUCAUUGGAUCCCGUUUCUCCGGACUCUAUUUUCCCGAAGAGGUGGUUGCUUGGGUGCUUGGCCCCGACCCCGGUCAGCGGUCCGGGAGGUGCUGCGCACGCCAGCAUCCGCAGUACCGUUGAUCAAACGUAUGUUAACGUAUGUUAUGACUCUGGCACUCAGAUCAUACUAAGAC